CAACCGUUAAGGAUUCCAUCCGGCCAAGAACAUGUAAAAUUCCAGUUUAAAGUCACCAACGUAGCACAAGCUAUCACGUGAUCAUGAGACAUAUCGUUAUCAAAAUAACAUUUCUGGGUUAACGUAAACUUCGUAAAUACCUUCAACAUGGCAAAAAAGAGGGAAGUGAUCAACAUCCACAUAGGCCAGUGUGGCGUGCAGAUGGCGAACGCUUGCUGGGAACUCUUCUGUCUGGAGCACGGCAUCCAACCCAACGGAGUCCUCUAUCCGGGCUUCAACAUCACCUCCUCAGAGAACCCCAAUGCCUUCUUCAACGAGCUCAGUCACGGGAAGUACGUCCCAAGAGCCGUGGUUGUCGAUCUUGAGCCCACUGUCAUUGACGAGAUACGCACUGGUACAUACAGACAGCUGUUCCACCCCGAUCAGCUGAUUUCUGGGAAGGAGGACGCGGCCAGCAACUUCGCCCGCGGCUACUACACCGUGGGUGCCGAGAUGAUGGAUCUAGUGCUAGACAAGAUACGCAAGGUCGCCGAGGAAGCUGCCAGUCUACAGGGCUUCCUCUUGUUCCGCAGCUUCGGUGGAGGCACCGGCUCAGGGUUCGCCAGCCACUUGCUCACCAAGCUGUGCAGGGACUACGGCAAGAAGAGCAAGUUGGAGUUUGCUGUUUACCCUGCUCCUCAGAUCUCUCCGUUGAUUGUGGAGCCGUACAACGCUGUACUGACCACUCAUGGCACCUUGGAGUACGCAGACUGUACCUUCGUAGUAGACAACGAGGCAAUCUACGACAUCUGUGCGAGGAACCUAGAUGUGGCUAGGCCUACCUACACAAAUCUCAACAGGCUUAUAGCUCAGGCUGUAUCUUCAGUGACAGCCUCCCUCAGGUUUGAAGGGUCUCUGAAUGUUGACUUGGUAGAGUUCCAGACCAACCUUGUACCCUACCCUCGCAUCCACUUCCCCCUCAUCGCCUAUGCCCCAAUAGUGCCAGCCAGCAAAGCAAUGCAUGACAACCUUACAACAGCUCAAAUCACUAGCAUGUGUUUCGAGCCGGCCAACCAGCUGGUCAAGUGUGACCCCCGUCAAGGCAAGUACAUGAGCUGCUGCUUGUUGUACAGAGGUGAUGUCAACCCCACAGAGGUUAACUCUACUAUUGCCAACAUCAAAAGCAAACGCUCUGUCAUGUUUGUCGACUGGAGUCCAACAGGGUUCAAGGUAGGCAUCAACUGGCAGCCACCAACCACAGUGCCUGGAGGAGACCUGGCCAGAGUGAUGAGAGCAGUCUGCAUGUUGUCCAACUCCUCAGCAAUCAAGUCUGCCUGGGAACGGCUCAACCGCAAGUUUGACCUAAUGUACCAUAAAAGAGCUUUUGUCCACCAUUAUGUGGGCGAGGGGAUGGAGGAAGGAGAAUUCAGUGAGGCAAGGAACGACAUUGCUGCUUUAGAACAGGACUAUAAGGAAGUAGAGACUCCUUCAUAUUGAUUAUCUGACAACAAAUAUGAGCCAUUAAAACCAAGAGAUGAUAUGAAAUAUUCUUUUAAAAUA